GAAGUUUCAUUUUAGCUUCAGUUGCACAGCAUUUUGUCAAGAAGCGUCCUUUAGUAAACUCAAAUGUAGAGAAGGAGUAACCGGCUGUGAACGACGGUUGUUUGUAGCUGCUUGAAAUGGCGGAACUUGUUAGUGUUGUCCCUGAUGAUGAGGGAAAAGAAAAGUUCAAGAAAAGUGAGGAUGUUGCUUUUUACAGGCGACAGAUCCAAGGUCCAAACCUGAUGCACCGAGCCCUUUUGGACACCAUGGUGUUCACUGAAAAGGGGGCACAGUUUGAAUUGUUGGAUUCUGAAACUCAGACCAGACUGUUGCUUUCUUUGUCACCCUGCAAAUACGACACUGUAAGGAUAUUGAUAGAUGAAAUCCAGCCCAUUAAAGCACGCUACCGAGUUCCAGAUGUGAUGACCGGAGAGCUGCAGUGUGAACAGGUAAGAGUGGAGAACCAGACCAAAGACUGCGUCACCCUGUCUUGGUCUUCCGGACAGUACCAGGUCCGUGUGUGGCAUCUCCCUUUCCGACUGGAGAUCCUGUGUGAGCGUGAAGUGAUGGUUUCGUUCAACUCUAAAGGCAAACUGUGGUUUGACAGAUUGCAGGAUCCACCCAGGUGAGGUUUACAAGGAAGAUACCUUCAAGAGGAUCAGACAGGUUUAUCAUGGAAGGAGAUGUUCAGGAAGUUUGUGGAUAUCAAGGCUAAUGGUCCCAGCAGCAUCGGAGCAGACCUCAGUCUUCACGGGUUCAGCCAUGUCUACGGUCUACCAGAACACUCAGACAACCUGCAGCUCAGAGACACAAGAGAUGGUGAACCUUACCGGCUGUACAACUUGGAUGUCUUUGCCUACGACUUGUACAGCCGCCUCGGCCUGUAUGGAUCUGUGCCACUGAUGGUGGCCCAUAAACCAGACAGGACUCUUGGUGUGUUUUGGCUGAAUGCAUCAGAGACUUUUGUAAAUAUACAGUACUCCCCCUCUGACCAUCAGGAUGACCAGACCCCACCAGUGAAAAGGAGGCGGAUGCAGCCUCAGACUGAUGUCCACUGGCUGUCAGAGGCGGGUGUCAUUGACUGUAUGGUUCAGCUCGGGCCCAGUCCGCAUCAGCUCUUCACCCAGUACGCUCAGCUUACAGGGUACCAAGCCCUGCCCCCACUGUUUGCCCUCGGGUAUCACCAGUGCCGCUGGAACUAUGACGAUGAAGCUGAUGUGAAGGCCGUGGAUGCGGGAUUUGAUCGCCACAAUAUUCCUUAUGAUGUUAUCUGGCUGGACAUCGAGCACACGGACGGAAAGCGGUACUUCACCUGGGACCCGGUUCUUUUUCCUGAGCCGCUCAGCCUGCAGCAGCAUCUGGAGAAAAAGAGGAGGAAGAUGGUCGUCAUCAGUGAUCCCCACAUCAAGGCUGAUCCUGAUUGGUCUCUUUACUGUGAGGCCAGAGAUGGAGGACAUUUUGUUAAGGACAGAGAGGGACAGAUCUAUAGUGGCAUAUGCUGGCCUGGUGAGUCCUCUUACCUGGACUUCAGCAGUCCAGUGACUAGAGCAUGGUACUCUAGAUGCUUCAGCUUAGAUAAAUACAAGGGAUCAACGCCAUCGCUGUUUGUGUGGAACGACAUGAACGAGCCGUCUGUUUUUGAUGGGCCGGAGCAGACGAUGCCAAAGGACGCAGUGCAUUAUGGAGGCUGGGAACACCGGGAGUUACACAAUCUCUACGGCUUUUACCAGCACAUGGCCACAGUGGACGGUCUGAUAACACGCUCAGGGGGCUCAGAGAGGCCGUUUGUCCUCACUCGCUCUUUCUUUGCUGGGUCACAGCGACUUGGAGCCGUGUGGACGGGUGACAAUGUAGCCAGCUGGGAGUAUCUGAAGAUAUCAGUUCCAAUGAUUUUGUCUUUGAGCUUGGCAGGCAUUGCAUUUUGUGGAGCUGAUGUUGGUGGGUUUGUUCGGGAUCCGGAGCCAGAGUUGUUGGUGCGUUGGUAUCAAGCAGCUGCCCUGCAGCCAUUUUUCCGAAGCCACUCUGCGAAGGAGACCAAGCGACGGGAGCCCUGGCUUUUUGGGGACGAAAUCACUGCAGCAAUCCGCACUGUAAUCCAGCAACGGUACUGUUUGCUGCCAUAUUGGUACACCCUUUUUCACUACUCUCACACCUCUGGCCUGCCCCCAGUCAGACCUCUGUGGGUGGAGUUCCCAAAAGAACAGAGCACCUUCAAUGUGGACAACCAGUACAUGAUCGGGGGAGCAUUGUUAGCCUGUCCUGUAACAGAACCGGGUGUUCAAGAAGUCAAAGUCUUACUCCCCGGCUCCACAGAGAUUUGGUAUGACAUCUGUUCUGCAAAGGCAUACAGAGGAGGGAGGACUCUGAGUCUGUCCGUCACCCUGGACACUGUUCCAGUAUUCCAGCGUGGCGGCUCGGUGGUCUGUAGAUCAGCAGGGACGGGCACCUGCACAGCUGAAUACCAGAAACUGCCUCUCGCUGUCACUGUAGCCCUAAACUGUCAGGGCAGUGCGGAUGGUGAGUUGUACCUGGAUGAUGGCCACUCCUUCAGCUACCGCGACAGAAAGGCCUUCUGCCUGCGCAGCUUCAGCAUGCUGUCAGGCCGUCUGCUCUGCCGUCCUGCCACCAAAGAAGGAACAUUUGACUGUGAGACUGUUGUACAGUCAGUAACCAUCCUGGGGUUGAAGAAAAAACCAUCCACUGUCCAUGUGCAUGUGUCAGGUGCUGAAGACGUGUUGGCUUCAUUUCAGUACAAAGAGGCCUGCUGCAUGCUGACUGUAAACAGCCUGAACGUCAGCACGGUGGCUGACUGGGAGAUUCACAUCAGUUAACGGUGGAUAAGGCAGCAACUGGUUUCCUUUUUGUCCAGACUUCUUAUUCAUAUGAAGACAAUAUUCAGUAACACAGUUGCAGCUGGUAGCUUAAAAGAACAAUACUUGACUGAAUAAUUGGAUAAUUGAAGGUUUGAUUAAUUUUAGUGUCAAGACUGAGACACUUUAUAAUUCUGUAAUUGCUGUAUCAGUUUUUUAUCUUCAGGUUUUAACAAUGAUUUUUUUUCUCUCUUCUCUUUAGUGUUGUGACUGAAUUCUAGUCUAUAAUGACAAACAUUUAAUGAAUCGUCCAGGCACAUUUUAAGCUUUAAGUAUCAAAGAAACAGAAAUAGUUUUAUUCUGAAGUGACAAACCUUAGAAACUUACACUCAGGAAAUAAAUGGCUUCUAAUGUCCCUUUUAAUUGCACAGUUUCUCUUUUUUUUGCCAGUGUUAUCACAGUAAACUAAAAUAAAGCCUGCAAAUUGUU